AUUUGAUAUUUUUUCUUUUGAAGAUAUUCCUUCUUGGCUCACUCACAGUGAACAUAAGCUCAUUUUCCUUUCUAACGAAAUUCGGAUAAUGGUGUCUCUGAUUUCGCCACCUUCUUCGUCUCCGAACAUUCAAUUGCGCGAAACUCGUUUCUUCUCCAGUCUCUUCAUUCCGCCAAGGAGCGUCAGAUUCCUCCAAAACACACGAAACCACGAAAAUCACAAAUGGAAAACGCUACGGUGCGGCGUUACCAGCGCCGGUGCGUCUCCUCCGCCGUCGUUGACGAAGGAGCCUCACAAGUUCUUCGACCACGUAAUCAUCACCGUUCGCGCCGGUGACGGAGGCCACGGCGCGGUGCUGAAUCACAGAGAGAAGAACGAGCUGGAGCAGGGUAAAACGAAGAAGAAAGGGAAAGGCUCGUUGAAGAGGGACUUCGACGGGUCGCUCAUACUACCUACGGGAGGGCACGGAGGGGACGUGGUGAUCUACGCCGACGAGGCCAAAGACACGUUGCUGGAGUUUCACAACAAGAGCAGGUAUCACGCCAAGCGCGGUGGCAACGUUGGUGCGAUGGGCGUUUUGACGUCGAUGUUGCGCGAUGGACUUGUGGCUCCCACGAUGCGCAUUCCUGUUCCUGUAGGUACAGUUGUGAAAAGCAAACGAGGGAAGGUGUUGGCUGAUUUAGCACAACCUGGCGAUGAAGUUCUUGUUGCUAGGGGAGGACAGGGAGGGAUUAGCUUGUUGGAAAUGCCACAGCGUCAAAGAAAAAAGAUGAUGGCUCUGACAACUAAUGUGAUGAGAGAUGACUCGGACAAGAUUUUAGUUCACGGUCAACCUGGAGAGGAAGUUAAGUUGGAGUUGAUCCUACGAGUUGUAGCCGACGUUGGUCUGAUUGGACUUCCAAAUGCUGGGAAAUCAACACUUCUGGCAGCCAUUACACUUGCUAAACCUGAUAUUGCUGAUUACCCUUUUACAACAUUAAUGCCAAAUCUUGGACGCCUAGGUGGUGAUCCCAGCUUGGGGGCUGGAAUGUAUUCAUCAGAAGCUACAUUGGCAGAUUUGCCUGGUCUUAUUGAAGGCGCUCACUUAGGAAAGGGUCUUGGUCGUAAUUUUUUGAGGCACCUCAGAAGGACCCGGCUUUUGGUCCAUGUUGUUGAUGCUGCCACUGAGAGUCCUGUAAAUGACUACAGAACGGUCAGAGAAGAGUUGCGCAUGUAUAAUCCUGCUUACCUUGAGAGACCGUAUGUUGUAGUUUUGAAUAAGAUUGACCUACCAGAGGCAAAGGACAGACUUCCAUCGUUGAUUCAAGAAAUCAUGAGAAUUGGCAACCGUGAUGCUCAAUUGUCUGAUGAAACUGACACGAAGGAGAAAAAACUUGAGGACUAUCCUAAACCUCUCUCUGUUGUUGGAGUCAGUGUUCUAAAGGGCAUCCAGAUUACUGAGAUGUUAAAGGAGAUAAGGUCUGCUUUAAAGAAAUGCUCGGGUUCAAGUGAAACAUUGAUUUCUACUUGAGAAUAGCUUAUUAUAUGUUUUUGUUAAGCAAUACUGAAUUGCAGUUCAUCAAGUCUUUUUGCUAUAGUUCUGGUAUUAAUUUGAAUUUAUCAUAGAACAAAGUUUAGAAGAUUAUUACCAGUUCCCAACAGAGGAAUACGUGUAAGAUGAUGAAAGCAUUGAGUAUAAUAGUUCCAGUAAAUCUGUCUGAUAUUGUUGUAAGCAUCAAGAUUGACAUGAAGAAGUUCAUAUUGUUGUAA